AACAACAGGCGGUUUUGUGAAACCAACCUGUGAAAAUCGACUAUAGCCUGCUACUAAUGAAACCCCUGAUAUAAUACCAGGCAAGAUAACACAAACCUACUGAAUGGAUGUUCCUGUUCAUUUAUAUUCUAAAGACACCUGUAUGAGCUCAGGAAGAAUGCCUAAUCACAACCUCAUCCACACUGCAGAAAAACGAUUUAAAUGUGACAUUUGUUCAAAAACAUUUGCAAGGAAAGCUCACUUAGUAGCUCACAAUCUGAUCCAUUCUGGAGAAAGACGAGAAAGACGAUUUAAAUGUGACAUUUGUUCUAAAACAUUUGCCUGGAAAUCUCACUUAGGAGCUCACAAUCUGAUCCAUACUGGAGAAAUACGAUUUAAAUGUGACAUUUGUUCUAAAACAUUUGCCUGGAAAUCUCACUUAGUAACUCACAAUCUGAUCCAUACUGGAGAAAAACGAUUUAAAUGUGACAUUUGCUCUAAAACAUUUGCCUGGAAAUCUCACUUAGUAAAUCACAAUCUGAUCCAUACUGGAGAAAAGCAGUUUAAAUGUGACAUUUGUUCUAAAAAAUUUACCUUGAAAUCUAGCUUAGUAAGACACAAUCUCAUCCAUACUGGCGUAAAGCAGUUUAAAUGUGACAUUUGUUCUAAAAAAUUUACCUUGAAAUCUAGCUUAGUAAGACACAAUCUCAUCCAUACUGGCGAAAAGCAGUUUAAAUGUGACAUUUGUUCUAAAACAUUUGCACAGAAAUCUCACUUAGUAACUCACAAUCUGAUCCAUACUGGAGAAAAGCAGUUUAAAUGUGACAUUUGUUUUAAAAAAUUUGCAAGAAAAUCAAACGUAGUAUAUCACAAUAUCACCCAUACUGGAGAGAAGCAGUUUAAAUGUGACAUUUGUUCUAAAACAUUUGCAAGAAAAUGCUACUUAGUAACACACAAUCUCAUUCAUACUGGAAAAAGGCAGUUUAAAUGUGACAUUUGCUUUAAAACAUUUGUACACAAAUCUGUCUUAGUAAGUCACAAUCUCAUCCAUACUGGAGAGAAGCAGUUUAAAUGUGACAUUUGUUCUAAAACAUUUGCAAGAAAAUGCUACUUAGUAACACACAAUCUCAUUCAUACUGGAAAAAGGCAGUUUAAAUGUGACAUUUGCUUUAAAACAUUUGUACACAAAUCUGUCUUAGUAAGUCA